GGGUAAAUAAAUACAACUAUUUUUUAGUGUUUUUCAAAUGGAUUUUGAAGUUCUUUUUUACAUCUAAAUAUUUUUUGAGAAUCAGUGUUUAAAACCAUUCAUCUUAGUUAACUUUCAGCUUCAUAUCGAGUGUUUUUUACGUCGACCUCAAGCUAAUAAUACUUUACUUUUCUCAUUUGAUUUCCAAAGUUGCCCCGCUUCACAAUGUUCAGAGCAUCUCAGUUUCACAAACUUCAACCUUACCAGUUUGGUUAGUCAGUCAAUUUAUACUGGUCUGAAUCCUGCCAUAGCUCAGAGAAUUUUCCAUCAUUGAUCGUAAUUUUAGGGUCAUUUUUUGAAGCCCCACAAUGUCUAAAUCGGAAGCAGAAUUGGAAAAAUCGGUCAGCCUAAUGGACCAAAUUCAAGCAUUGAUUGCACCUCCUACAUCCAGAACAGGAUCAGACGGCAAAGGAGAGGGUCUAGAGGAGAGGCACCCAUACUAUCGUAGACCUGGGCAAGGUCACAAUCAUGAUUGCUGUGAUGCCUGCGGUGAGGGUGGCAAUCUCCUUUGUUGCGACCUUUGUCCCGCCUCGUUUCAUCUCACUUGCCACGAUCCUCCACUUGUUGAAGCUGACAUUCCAUCAGGGCUCUGGAGCUGUCAUCAAUGCCAAUAUCUAGCAAAAAAAUCUAAGGAAAAAGACAAUUUCAAAUGCUCUGGCAGUAAAGGUGCCACAUCAAAAUACCGUGCUAAGAUACCUGAAUGUAAAACGCCAGUCUCUCGUCGGACAAGCAGAGCAUCCUCCAUUGACAGCGCCGGCAGCUCACAAGCAAAAUUGAAAAGAACAAACUUCACUGAGUCAGAAUUCGAUGCACAAAGUCGGGCAAUCAUGGAAUCACUGGAAUUGAGCACCAAACAGUCAACUUCAUCCUCUAUGGCUGGCGGCAGCGAUGAGUAUGAUUCGGAAGAUGAAUCUCUUGAUGAAGAAUUGAUUUUUUCCACUGAUAACCCAAUGCAAGCGCUAAUAGAUGCGGCAGCGCAGUUGAAUCCCACCCAGUUUGAACUUCCUCGUGAUAUGUCAGUUCCUAUAAAUUUCCCAGGAUCUGACAAACCUUUUUGUCCUAAGAAAGUUUCAUCUGCGCAUUUGGUUGUCGGGAAAAAAGCAGAAGAUCAGCAUGUAUCUGAGGAUGGAAUAGUGCCAGAACCUGUCAGAUUUUGUUUUGAAUGCGGAAAGACUUGCCGGUAUGCACCUCUCAUUGCGUGUGAUUAUUGUCCUCUAUUUUACCAUUUGGAUUGUCUUGAUCCACCGCUAACUUAUUUUCCUGCCUCUCGCUGGAUGUGUCCAGCUCAUCCUGAACAUUUCAUUGAUAGUUCUUUGUUGAAGUCCACCAGUGUCACUGAAAGGGUUCGCUUGUGGCAAAGAUUCAACAGACCAUUUGAUCAUCAUACUGUUACCCUAGAAUUUUAUCGUAAGACUCAUUUAAGAAAUGUGAUGCAUCCUAUAGGACCACCCAUAUUAAAUAACAAUUCUAUCAAUGUCCCAGAAUCGGUCAAAGCAUUGUAUCGGAACCCACCACCUGCUCUCCCCACCUUGAAAACUCAUGUAAGAGAGGAAAAAUUUAGACGGAACAACAGGAACCAUUUUACCUCAAAUCUCAAAAACGAGAACUGCUCAAAUGGUCCAACAGAAAAUGAAAAGGAACAGUGGCUGCUUGGUCUCCUGUCAUUUCAAUCUGAACUUGCAAAUUACCUGGCUAAAGAUAAAAGUACAAAACCUCCAUCACCUAAUACCACAGAACCUUGUGAAAAGAAUCAGUCGAAUGAGGAAGCAUCUAAAACUGAAACCGCAAUCAAAACCGAGUCAGAAGUCAAGAGCGCUGAUGAAAACUGUACAAAUAAACAUAGUGUAGCAAAUGGUGAUACUUUAGACACCUUAAAAACGGAAGUGCCACACCCAUUAUGUAACGGGGAUGUGGUUUCAAGUAAGAAGUCCAAUCACCUAACCCAACUGGGCAACGAUGCUAGUUCAAAGAAAAGUAAUGUUGAAGAAAAAUCUGAUACAGCCGCUAUUUCAGACAAAGUUCCUAGGCAUAGCUCUCAAUGUAACGUUUCUAUAUCAGGUGUGGAUUCACUGCUAAAUAGUGUGAAUGAGUUAGGGAAACUGACUACAUCAGUCUUAUCAACAGCAGAUUCGUGCAAACUUCUAGAAAGCCUGGAUCCUCGUCUAGUCCACUUGUUGGCAUGUCAGCAGUUACAGAAAUUGACGGACAGUGUCCGCACAUCUCAGCUAGCUUUUGACAAGUCUUUGAAUGAUUCUGAAGAAGAAUGGAAAGUUUCUACCAAGGCUCGUGCAACCAUUUCUCCUCUCAGUUUGCUCUCUGCUCCGUCUGUUCCCAUGGUACUUCGGACGCUCACAAUUGGAACAGAUUCCUGUGCUGAUCUAUGUCUAAAAAAUUAUGGUCAUUGUGACUUCGUUUCCUCAAAACAUGCCGCCAUAUUUUUUGAUGAGGGCUCUCUACAUUAUGAACUGUUAAAUUAUAGUGAACAUGGGACCACCGUAGACAAUGUCCUUUACUCUUGUGAUACUUCAAAUAGACCCAGGCCACGAGUGAAUACUCGAAGUAGAUCCAACAAGGAAGGCAUCAAAGUCAAAAGGCCGGUCUAUAAGUAUGCUGAUGAUUCUGAUUCAGAAGAAGAAAUUAAAUUAGAUCCAUUCGGUGGCAGAACACCCAAAUGGAUGAGGUGCAAGUGCUACGAAGAUGACCCAAGCAGUGGAAGUGAAAGCGAGGGCGAAGAGGUGACAUCAGGGAAAAACCAUGGUUGGGAAGGUUCUGCUCUUUUAAAUCACGGAUCUCAAAUCAGUUUUGGUUGCCUCAAGUUUAUCUUCAGUAUUAGUGAGUUUGCUCCAUCUCUUUACAUUAAGGAACACAAUUCAGUGAAAGAUUUCUUGAGUGACUGUAAGGUGAUUCAUUCAUCAAGAAUGACAGUUAAAGAUCAGCAAGCCAAGAAGAAGCGAAGAUCUGCCUCAAUUUCGUCUUCUUCCUCAUCAUCAUCCUCAACUCUCUCUCACACGAGUAAGAUGGAGGUAGAUAGUGAUGAGUCCUGUGAUGAAUAAGACUUUUUGUGCUGUUGGAUGGUUUUUACUUCAUUCCUCUUACAGAAAAAUUCACCGUCAUUGGUAGAAAUAAGCAGCGCUGAAGAUUAAUCAGCUCUAAAUUUUAAAAAUGUGCACUAUUUUUAGUUGCACUUUUGAUGAUUUUUUUCAAGAGGGAGCAAUUGUUGUAACGUACUUCUACUGAGAGUGCAGUUUUUUCUUCAAGUCUCAGUUCAGGGUCCAUUUCGAAAGUUCUGUUUUUUCUUUGUUAGUCUCUAUUUAUUCUUUCAUAUUUUCCUUUUAAAGCAAAGCAAAUGAAAGACAUUUUAAAUCAACGUUUUCAAAUUAACUAUGAUCUGAAAUGAUAGGAUAUUAGGGUAUGCAAGCUGUGUAUAUACUGAGAUCUAUCCAAUAGAUCAGAUUGCCACUCUCUCAUUUUCUAAUUGUUUUCUUUAGGAAACGACAUUUUAUUUGAAACCUCCCUUGAAGUUAUCAGUCGUCUAAAAUACAGCAAACCCCAAAGUCCAAUGGUUGUUUAAUAUUCUUCAACCCAUUGCUUCCCUUUUCUCUUUUCAAAAUGUUAUUAGUACUUGUGCUUCUGCGAAGCGCUGAUUGGUUUUACGCUAAAAAAAAUGAAGAAUCUGCACUUUCGGCAAAAUUGCACUGACCAUUAAGUGCUAUCCAUAGCAGUUCUUCCAGGUUGAAGUAAGCAAUCAUUUUUCUCCAGCAAGUUUAGUGAUCUAUGAUCACACUAAUGAAACUGAAGACUAAAACAAUCAGCUUCAAUUUUAAAGAAUCUUCAGGUUUUUCCAGUGUGAUAAUGUGCUUGUAAGUAACAGAAAUUAAUUUAUUGUUAGUUUUACUUUUGAUGUAAAUUCUACAGACUCUCACCAGGCUGAGGCCAACAAAAAAUGAGUCAAAUGCAAUUUUCGUAAUAACGCAUCAUGGCUAGUGGGUCAGUUGCACUCGUCUUAGAAUCUUGUUUUAAUGGUUUAAGCUUACAGAUUAACAAAGCUAUUACCCAUCAAAAAACGUAAUGUAUGACAUUAUUUAUUGUGGUAAAGCAUUCUGUGGUUUCUUCCAUUUGGUUUCAUCCAUGUUUUACGUUUUGCAAUCAGAGCAAAUGUGAGUAUCAAUGACGGAUGAAACCAAGGCAGAAGAAACUGUGGGAUGCUCUACUGCGGUUGAUGACAUCAUACACUGUAUUUUUUUAUAAACAAUAUCUCUGUUAAAAUUAGUUGUAGAAACCCAGCAUUUGAAUAUGCAGUAUCAUUUUUUGCGAAUCUGUAAGCUUAAUAGACUAAGCACAACUGAUCCACUCUAGCAAUGUGACUUAACCCCUCAUCUUCAUUCGUUCUUCUCUUUUUGUGCCGUACCACACCCAAAAUUUUCUUUUCAAGGAAGAAGUUCUUAGUGUAAAACACUUGGAUGAGGCAUUAAAAAGCAUGUCUUGAAACCUCUCCACACUUCAUUUUUGGUUUUUGUCGUUUGAUACAUUCAUUAUGCGUCAUUCGCUAGAGUUAGAGGAAUGAAAAUAAUUGAGUCUUAAAACUGAAAUCAUGAACCUCCUGUCUAAAAGUUUCUGAACUUUAUUUUCUUUAAGAAGUAGCAACCAAUUUUUCUUGAUGAGUACCAUCAUCUUGAAUUCUAUGGGUACGCUUGUUUCCCUUGCUCUCUCUCUAAACGUUGCAGA